UUUUUUUAUGUGGAAACUAGAUUGUAAGCCUAUUGUCUGAUUCACACUCUGAAGCAGAAGGUGGCGGUAAUGCACCAAAAGCGGGUUGCCAACCGCCGUUAAAAACAAAGAAGAAGAAGAAGAAGAAACCUCAGAGGAAGAAGAAUUACCAGCAAAGCUCUGUUGUAGAUUGUUAUGAUGCCUCAGAAGUCUGUGUGAAAUCACUGUCGGGAGGAACAAACGCUGCCUGUAAAGUCAUUGUCUGAUAAGGGAACGAGUCAUCAAAGCUUUCGGACGCUGCUAGGGUUGAGUCUUCAGAGGAGAGAAAUUCAUGUUCAGUGAAGCUCCUCCCACAAAUCCUGCAGAAUGACACACAAAGAAGAUAAUGAAGAGCAAACAGAGUUGAUUGAAGAAAAUGAGGAGAAUGAAGAAUUGAGUGAAGUUGAGGAGAAAAAUCAUGCUAAAACUGGAGAAAAACCAUUGAGUUGCGAACAGGAAGAUUUAAAUGAAAUAGCCAAUAAAUCUUUCACCUGCAUUCAGUGUGGAAAGGGUUUCUCAUUCAAACAUCAACUUGUGCUUCAUAUGAGAGUUCAUACUGGAGAGAAACCAUACACAUGUGAUCAAUGUGGGAAGAGCUUCACUCAAUCAUCAAGCCUUAAGGAGCACAUGAACAUCCACACUGGAGAGAAACUAUACAAGUGUUCACACUGUGACAAGAGAUUCAGUAGGUUAAGAGACGUGAAAACACACGAGAAGAUCCACACUGGAGUGAAACCAUACACAUGUGAUCAGUGCGGGAAGAGUUUCACACUAAAAGGACACCUUACAGAGCACAUGCGAGUUCACACUGGAGAGAAGCCGUUCACUUGUGUUCAGUGUGGAAAGUGUUUCUCACGAUCAUCAAACCUUAACGAACACAUGAACAUCCACACUAGAGAGAAACUGCAUGCAUGUGAUCAAUGCAGCAAAACAUUUUUGAGAGCUUCAGUUCUGAAGAAUCACCUGAGAGUUCAUUCAAAGGAGAAACCACAUUCAUGUCAUUUGUGUGGAAAGAGUUUUUCAUUUCUACAAAAUUUGAAAGUACAUCAGAAAACACACACUGGUGUGAGAGAGUACAUGUGCUUUGAGCGUGAAAAGACUUUAACUACAGAAAACUGUUUAAAACACACAAGAGGAUCCACACUGGAGAAAAACCGUAUCACUGCACUGCAUGUGGGAAGUGUUUCAAACAUUCAUCUUCUCUACACAGUCAUACAAAAACCAAUCACAGUAUCAUCUUCAGAUCCAGCACUUUAAUAUCUGAUGCUGGGUCCUCACCACGUGUGACACAAUCCAUCAAGCAAUAAAAUAUCAUCUGAUAAAUCUGUCAUUACAAGUGACAUGACAAAGAAACAUUUAAAGUUUUCACAGUGAAUAAAGUUCAUCUUCAUCUUCAAAACCAGCAGAUUUAACUGAGAUUCAGAUCAGCUCAAAGAUGUAGUUCCUCCCCAAAAAACAAUGUCAGAAAGGUUUAUUCUUGUGUAUCAUUUUGCUUCAAGAUAUAAAUGAUAUCUUUGUGUUUUCUUAUGAGCCUCAUGUUAUGUUCAGUUGUCUUCUAAUGCAUGUAUCACUUGUAGGGCUGUGCAAAAAAUCGAGUACGAUUUUCAUGAGCAUCUCUUCAGUAAAGACGCUCCUGUGAUAAGUAGUAUAUCUCCAGCACGUGCGUUAAGAUCAGG